AUGUAUCUUUCGUCGUACCUUGCAUUGCUGGGCGUCUGCGGUGGUGUCUGGGCCGCUCCAGUGGAGCAAGCACCGCUAGCCGGAAAUGGAGCACCACGAGUCUUCAGGUCCAAGACGCCACGGCCGUACACACCAGACCAUCGCGAUCCGUAUGAUCGAAAAGUCGACUCUAUCGGAAACAAGCUCAAUCCGUUGCCAUGGAGAAAUGGCGAUGGAGCAACCAUGCUGGGCCCGCAAAACGAAGAGCGACAACGCCAAAACCCAGAUCUGAUCAGGCCACCAAGCACCGAUCAUGGAAACAUGAAGAACAUGAGGUGGUCGUUCGCAGACUCGCAUAUUCGCAUUGAAGAAGGCGGCUGGACCCGUCAGACGACCAUUCGCGAACUUCCCACCAGUGUUGAACUAGCUGGUGUUAACAUGCGUCUUGAAGAGGGUGUCAUUCGCGAGCUGCAUUGGCACAAGGAAGCUGAGUGGGCAUAUGUUCUUGAGGGCAGUGUUCGCAUCACUGCUCUCGACACCGAAGGCGGCAGUUUUGUCGACGAUCUGGAGAAGGGCGAUUUGUGGUACUUCCCGUCCGGCCACCCGCAUUCCCUGCAAGGUCUUGCCCCCAACGGCACUGAAUUUCUGCUUAUCUUCGAUGACGGCAACUUCAACGAGGAGUCGACCUUCUUGUUGACUGACUGGGUCGCCCGGACGCCCAAGAGCGUACUCGCUGAGAACUUCCGCGUCCAUCCCGAGGUCUUCAACGCCAUCCCUCAAAAGGAGAAGUACAUCUUUCAAGGUCGUCAAGUGGAUUCCAUCGACAAAGAGAUUCCCGAUGGCCCAGGAUACAAGAAGUCAAAGCUAAAUUUCACUCACAAGAUGCUGGCACAGGAGCCCAUGAUCACAACCGGUGGUAAGGUCCGCAUCACCGACUCCACCAACUUCCCUCUGUCCAAGUCUGUAGCUGCAGCACAUCUUGACAUCGAGCCGGGCGCAAUCCGAGAGAUGCACUGGCACCCUAAUGCAGACGAGUGGAGCUACUUCAUCAAGGGCCGCGCUCGCGUGACCAUCUUCGCCGGUGAAGGAAACGCAAGGACGUUCGACUACCAGGCUGGAGACGUCGGCAUCGUACCCAAGAACAUGGGCCAUUUCAUUGAGAACCUGAGCGACGACGAGCCUCUCGAGGUCCUCGAGAUUUUCCGCGCCGAAAAGUUCCAGGACUUCUCGCUGUUCCAGUGGAUGGGAGAGACGCCCAAGAAGAUGGUUGUGGAUCAUCUCUUUGCAACGGACAAGAAGUCCGGUGAGAAGUUUUUGAAGGCUAUUGAGAAUGCCGAGGCGGACCCUAUCAAGGAUACGGAUACGGACGGUUGGGAUGAGGAGGAGGACAAGGAGGAGUUGUGA